ACACUGAAAGGUGCUGUAGCUGUAGCCAAUUGAUGUUUGUUUCAAUUAUGAAAAAAAAUAGAGAGAGCAACUUUAGAAUAACUUUAUUAUAUUGAUAAUGUAAACAGACAUUUUUUUAUAGUAUAGCAGCUGUUCUUCGAUGAAGAUUACUUUCCUUAAAUUGUCAUAAACCUGUUCUAGACGAACAGGUAUUUGAUCAUGUUACCGUAGUAUCAUCCCAACUAUGAUCCCAAUCUAUCUGCAUAUGAUACAAGGUAUCUUCACUUUUUACAGCAGUGUUGUCAGAUUAAUGGUGCUAUGUUUAUAAUUUGGAAUCCUCUAUAUUCAAUACUCUACAGAUUUUAAAUAAAAUAAAAAUACGGAAAUAAUUUGUUCCUGCCAAUAAAUGAAUAAAUAGAAGUACUAUUUGUUGAACCAGCUAUAGAUACAUAUUUCACCAGCUAGUUUUAUUUAAUAAUUAAAUUGGAUCAAACGUUUCAUACUUUUAAUUAUCAUAAAUUGAAAAGACUGCAUAAAUAAAACUAACAUCAUAAUUAUAGCGAUUCAGUUAAAACUAUAGUAUAACUUUCUCUUUUUCGUCAUUAUGUAAAUAGUACCAAUUUAAGUUGAAAAAAAAUGAAAUAAUUUUAAUUCUGAAAAUAAGAAUAUCUUACAAAACAAGCUCAAGCAAUCAACAGACCUACUUUCACACAAGUUUGAUGAAACACUCAAUGGAUCAUGUCCAAAAUUACAAAUUCCAUAGAUAUACUGUCCAAGUAUAGGACAAUUUUUUGGUGACUUGUGGACUAUGUGGUCAUCUCAAUGUUGAUAAAAGUUUGUUUUAAUAAAAAUGCAAAGCUUAGAAACAACUUGUGAUGAGGGAGAUAAUUCCGUAAAGAGGUAUAAAACAAGUCAACCGCAAUUAUCUCAACUGAAUAAUCAAGAACAGUUCACGGCAGUGAAUGCCGCUUCACAAGAAAUAACUGAAAAUCCAUCUGGAAAGCCUCCUAUUGAUAUUUUUGAGAAACUUUUAGAAUUGCAUAAAGAGGAAUGUUGUGAAAAAGACAAAAAAUUUAAGGAGGAAGAGGAAAACGAUUUGGAAAAUGUAAAGUACUACUCUCUCCUAUUAGAAAAAUUAGUAGCUAAAGAAAGACUGAACACAUUGAUUUUAAACCUUUAUCCCGGCAAUAAAGGUUACUCACUGGCAUUUAGAACUUUAUCUCGUUCUGACCCCAACUACACUGAAGAUACUGCCAAUAUGAUAGAAACCAAACCGUGGCCUUAUGAAGAGGAUGAUCUCCUUCGAUAUGUUGAUAACGAAGAACUUCCACCGUUUAUUUUGGAUCUUUUAGAACCACAGUUUAGUUACCUUUUUUAUAAUGGAUGUAUAAUAGCAGAAGUUAAAGACUAUAGACAGGCGUACCCUCAUUUUAAAUGUGAUAGCCACCAUGUUCUCCUAAAGCCUACACAAAGGAGCGUUAUGGCAGAUAUACAUAAUAUAAUGGAAGAAAAACCCGAGUGGAGUAACGAAGAAAAGGAACAGUUGGAGAGCCAGCUUUUGAUGGCGAACUCACCGGGAUUAUGUUUAGAUCCUGACCAUACAAUAGGCGAAGAAGUAACAGAAGUGUACAAUAGGAGAAAAAUGUGGAACACAUACAAAUUCCGACGAAUGGCUAAGAAGUUUUCACAAGUAACAGUUAAUCGCAAAAGGAAAUUAGACCAAUUCACUUAUAGACCCGGUUUAGAAUUUUACGAGUUUCUUACUAGAACGAGGAACAAAACUAAAUCGAACGCAAACUCCUCCAUAACCUCAAAAAUUACAGGAACCAAUAUUAAAAAAGAUAUACCAGUGCCAAAUUUAGAUUCUCCCAUAUUAACCCCACCUCAAGAAAUUAAUAUAACCGAAUUUAAACCUUAUCAAAGACCGAAAGAGACGAACGAUUGCAUGCCACAAUUAAUAGAAGAAUAUAUCCUGGAAACGGAUAUGCCUUCAAAAGAAAAAGGUAGUCCGAGAGUGUACCACAUUAAAUUAUCAAUAUUACAAAGACCGUCAGAUUCAGAAUACCUCGGUGAACUCUAUUUAGAUAGGGAUCAUAAAAAGAACGAACAAAACGGCGUGGCUUGUAUGUUUUCGCUCGGUUCUCGUAUGAACGCCAACAGAUACAUCCACCAAUUUACGGAAAUUUUCACGGAAAGCGGAAGAAAAUCGGUUAGGAUAAGUUAUAGGUUGAGUCCGGGGUAUAAAGAGAGGAUAGCUCAAGCGCAGGCACAAGUUCAAUUACAAAAUACCAUUCAAAAUACCAACUUACCUCAACAACAUUUACAACAAUUGACGGCGGCGGUCGCGAUGAAUGGUACAGUUGUUAAUUCUUUAAAUACACCAAAUCAAGAAGCUCCUAAUGUUACAAUAUUGAAAAGUCAUUUACAGGGAUCUGCGAAACCCUCUACUCAGGAGCUGGCCAUAAGUGCUUUGGCUACUAAAUUGAUGAAUUCCGCUCAGCAAUUUCAAGCAGAAUCCGCAAAAAAAGAACAACAACAACAACAACAACCGCAACAACUGUCGUCCCAACAUCAGUUACAAGAACCACCUCAACAACAACAAUCCAGAUUAUCCGGCAACACCGCCAUAUUAAAUUUAUUAAACAGCUCACCGGCUUCGAAUAUAAAUACCGACGCGGUAGUGAACGCCAUAAACAAUUCCCAAAUAAUACCUCAACUUCAAGCGGUUAAUCAAAAAAUAGUUUCUCGUAAAAUGACAAUUCCGAGCGUGGCUAACGCCAGAGUUUUGAGUCACAAUAAUUUGAUAACUUUGAAUAGUUCUCGGUUAAAUUUGCAAGAUUUGGGUCAACAGACUAUAACGUUGGCUUCGGUUAAUACAAACAAUUUAUCGAAUUUAACUACGGUGCCAAUAAAACAACAAGUAACUAACCAAAGACUAAUAGGAAAUAAUUCUGGUGAUAAUAAAUCCGCUCUGUCGGCGUUGUUAGUAGGUACUCCGGCGGCGGACAGACCGGAUAUAAUAGGACCCAAUACAAAUUCGUUAUUACUAGAAAAAUUAGGACCCAAUAACGUACAACAAACUCAUUACAUUCAAAGUUCAAAGCCGAAUCAGCAAUACAUGGUUCAGCCCCCUAAAGGGAAUACUACCGUACUUAAUUCGAUAUCUAGUCCCCCGCCUCAAACGAGCGGUACAAUAAACGUUCAAGGUUUAAAUAUCGCGCAGUUACACGGCAUACCCGGUAUACAAGUACAAUUACCCGGUUUCUCCCAACCAAUUUCGCUUUCGCUUAACGUUUCAUCCGCCGGUAAUAUACAAGCGCAUCCCGCGAGUUUGAUAGUAACCCUGCCGACCACCACGACACAGACUUCUAAUUCGGUUACCCAAGCAGCUGUAACUAGUAACGUUAGUGGAGUUAAUAGUGUUGGUAUAAAUCCUCAGACCGUUAUGUUGACCAAUUCCGGCAAUUCAAAUUUGGGUGAGUUUACACCACCACUACACCAAUACUCACAAUUACACUGUCUGAAGCGCGUUUCGAUAACCAAGUUACCGUCUUCAGAAACUGAAGCGCAAUUAGUUACUUCCGGAGUAAAAGCUGUAACUUCACAAGGCAUUCGAACAUCGUCCCCUUCACAGACCGUGUCAAUAGCUCAAAGUGGACAAUCUUUCCAAUUGAUAACACCGCUACAAAGAUCAAGAACUCAACAGACGACUGUCCAACAACAACAACAAACCCUUACCGCUAAAUCACUGCAAAGGACUCCUAUCACAAUCAAAAUGGCAUCACCCAGUCCAAAUCAGUUGAAUGAUUUGCAACUGAAUUUCGAUAACUAAAUGCCCAUGACAGAUACAUUUGUAGUUAAAUUAUAUGUAUAAGGAAUACAUGCUUUAUUUUUUAUUUGUUUUAAUUUAUUGUGAAUACUUUUUACAUUAAAUAUGUCCAUGUGUUGUUGGUUUUAAAUUUAAUGAUUGUUAAUAAACGAGAAAAUUAUUAUUAAUUAUUACCAUUUAGUUCUACUACCAUUAUAAAUACACUGCCCAACAUAUAAAUAUGCUUAACCCGAUGAGUGUACUGCAGCUAUUGCAUUCAUUGAAGACUUUCAUAAGUACAAAUUACUAAGACACGGGAAUAAGUCAAACAUAACUAGAAAACCGAUUUUUAGCACUAAAAAAGUUAAGACAAAAUUUUUUCAACAUCCCAAUCGACCUUUUACGUUUUUUCACAAAAAUCUCUUAUAAUCAAUAAAUCAACCUGCCUCUCUUGCAAUUUCUGUUGUAUAAGCACUUUAAAAACAAAACAAAAUUUUUUUUGGAAUUCCCCACUUCAUAUCAAGAUUUUGCCUAUCUGUUAGAGGGUAUUGUUUAUCAUUUGAAAUUAUUUUUUAUAUGAAGUAUUUUUAGCUCUUCUUUUUUAUUUGUAAAUUAUUUUUCGUUAAAAAACUGAUAGCGUCCAAUAUUAUAUUAAUUGUUGACAUCAUCUGUUGAAUAAAUUUUAAAUGAGGCCAAAUGCCACUUUCUUCUGAAAGAGUAUUCAUUCACUUUACUUCAUUACUCGAAAUUCAAUUUGAUCCUGCAACUAGACCUCAUUUAACAAUAGAAUAUUCAAAGAUCCUGACUACAGUUUACUGGAGAUCAUUUGAACUACCAGUAAUCGAAUGUUAUGUUCACAAAUGUGUCCAUUCAUUUUAUUUUGUACCCGUACAGUUUACUGGGGAUCAUUUGAACUACUAGUAGUCACUCAAGUAUCCGCUUAAGGUUCAAUUUAUUCCUGCAACUAGAUAUUCUUCAACCCAAGCACUUUGCAAAUCCUGGCUACAGUUUGCUGGGGAUCAUUUGAAUUACCAGUAGUCACAGAUGUCUCCGUCUAUUUUGCUUUAUAUCCUUCCAACAGCGUUGCACUGCUUUAAGUUCAAUUUUGUCCUGCAACUACAAAGGCACUUUAUAUCCUGACUACAGUUUACUGGGAUCAUUUGAACUACCAGUAGUGGAAUAUUAUGUUCACAGAUGUGUUCAAAUUUUGCCCAUUUGGCAUUAAUCGAUUUCUCCUAGGGCAUAGGAGAAGGAACAAAAUGUGUAAAAUGAUACGGCCAGCUAAUAGCCCCGAUCUAAUUCCAAUAGAGCCUUUUUGAAAUGAAUUUUGCUAUAA